UCAUUUAUCGUAAUAUAUUUUGUUAGCACAUAUUACUAAAUUUAACAUUUGAAUAUAAUUGUGGACCCAAGGCUUUGAAAAACAAUAUACAGUUUAGAUUUGUUUGUAGAGUCGAAGUUGUCCAGUAGCAACAGCAAAAUUCCUCGCAUCAGCAGGAGGAGGUGGGAUAUUCAUUCUUAAUUUCACCUUUAUUUGUUAAAGCCCUCAACUAGGAUAUAUUGUAACCUUUUCUUCCGUUUGAAUGCAAACAAUUUCAACGCCGAAUAUGCUUGAGCAAUUUCGUCUUUUUAUUUUUAAUGGUUUUUUUGUUUGAUCUUUGAUGAUUUUUUUGGAUUGUCGUUUGUACAUAUAUUUUAUUGAAAGAUGCCUUACAGAGUGUGUUUUGGACAAAUUUUUCUUUUAAUUAAGCAUAUUUGAAAGAAAUUUUUAAUGUAGUAGCAUUAUCAAAUACUUGUUUGGUGACUCGUCUCUGUCUCUCCAAAUUUUUAGUUUUUGUCCUCAGCUGGUGUGUUUGUAACUUUAUGCACAUACUCAACAAGAACUGAUACAAUUUCAAUUUUUCUGUACUAAAAUCUGAUCUACUCUCAAAUGCAAGAAUAGUUCAGAUUCUCUCUCUGCUCUCUGUAAUCAAAUACUCUCGCUUCGAUCGCUUCAUUCUCUUUUCUAACAGAUAGAGAGAUGGACUUGAUUGGGUUCAUUCAAGUUUUCAACAUCGUCCUCAUCGCCAUCGGGACUCUGUUGUACAUGUGCUGCAGAUCAUUGACAUUUUCUUCCUCUACUUCUUCUUCUUCUUCUGGUGCUGCUGAUGCUGCUGCAGUUGAUGAUGAUAACAACGAUGAUGUUGAUAUCCCCUCUUCUUCUUCUGGUGCUGCUGAUGCUGCUGUUGAUGAUGAUAACAAAGAUGAUGUUGAUAUCCCCUCUUUUCGAGAAAAGUAUGAUGUGUUUAUUAGUUUCAGAGGUGAGGACACCCGCGACACUUUUACCAGCCAUCUUCAUGCCGCUUUGGAAGGGAAGAAAAUCAAAACCUACAUAGACUACAGGCUGAAGAAAGGAGACGAAAUUGAACCCGCCCUACUAAAAGCAAUAGAGAAUUCAAGGCUUUCGGUGAUCAUUUUCUCCAAAAACUAUGCGUCUUCCACAUGGUGCUUGAAGGAACUUGUGCAUAUACUCGAAUGCAAAAAGAAAUAUGGCCAGAUGAUUGUAUCCAUUUUUUACGACACCAGUCCAUCAGAUGUGCGAAAACAAAAGGGGAGUUAUGCAGAUGCAUUUGCUCAACUUGAAAAACGUUUCAAGGACAGUAUGGGCAAGGUGCGCGAGUGGAGGAAAGCUUUGAUGACUGCAACCAAUCUUUCUGGGUUUGAUUAUUCAAACAAAAAAGGGACGGAGGCUGAUUUCAUUGAGGAAGUUGUGGAAGAUAUUUCAACGAAAUUGAAACGUGAAACCUCAUAUGGUUUAAAGGGCAUGUUUGGAAUUGAAAGCCGCAUCGAGCAAGUUGAAUCGUUAUUAAGCACUGAUGAUUGGCAAGGUGUUUGCACUGUAGGCAUUUGGGGUACGGGUGGCAUUGGAAAGACCACCCUUGCUAAGGCUGUGCUCAACAGACUCUCUUCUAACUUCGAAGCUACUUGUUUUCUUAGCAAUGUUAGGGAGAAAUCAGAUCAAAUAGGUGGAGCCGAUCAAUUGCAAAAGACACUUCUUAGAGAGAUCUUUAAGGAAAAAAAUCUCUCCAAAGAUUCAGCUUCUGUUCGAGAAAGGCUCAGCCGUACAAAGGUUCUCAUUGUUUUUGAUGAUGUUUGUGACUCAAGGCAAAUCAAAGAUCUAGCUGGAGAUAAUCUUCGCUACGGGAAUGGAAGUAGAAUCAUCGUAACAAGUAGAGAACAGAGCGUACUCGUGAAAGCUGUUAGUGAUGAAAAAUAUAUAUAUGAGGUUAAGAAAAUAAAAACUGAUGACGCUCUUCAGCUCUUUCAAUUUCAUGCUUUCAAGGAUAACUCUCCUAGAGAAGGAUAUACAGAGUUGUCGGCAAGGGUGGUAAAAUAUGCUGGAGGCAUUCCCCUGGCUCUUGAAGUUUUGGGUUCCUUAUUGUUUCCAUGUAAGAGCAAAAACCAGUGGGAAGAUGCAUUGAGCGCACUGAGAGAUUAUCCCAAUGAAGAAAUUCAAAAUACGUUCAGAGUAAGCUAUAAUAGAUUGGGAAGAAAUGCGCAAGAGGUAUUUCUUGAUGUAGCAUGCUUUUACAAAGGGAAUCAUAUUCAAUAUGUUAAAAAGAUGGUAGACUUUGGUGGUUCAUGUGCGGCAGAUGGAAUUAGAGUUCUCUGUGAUAGGUCUCUCAUAUCGAUUGAUUCGGAACGGGAAACCAUAGAUAUGCAUGAUUUGGUACAAGAAAUGGGUUGGGCAAUUGUUGGCGAACAAUGUAUUGAAGAGCCCGGACGACGCAAUAGGUUGUUCAUUGUUGAGGAUAUCUAUCAUGUAUUGAAAAAUAACACGGGAACUGAAAAGGUUCAAGCCAUAUUCUUUAACGGAGAGCAAAUCUUGGAUCGUGCAGACUUCAAAAGGAUGUAUAAUAUGAGAUUGCUCGGUGUUGGUUCUUGGGGGUGGCGGUGUGGGUGGGGGGGCAAAAUAUUAAACAGUAAAACUCUCUUUGUUCUUCCCAAUUCUCUUCGUUAUCUUUUCUGGGUGGCAUAUCCUUUGAAAUCUUUGCCCCCAGAAUUUUCUCUUGAAAAUCUUGUUGAGCUUCAUAUGCCCGAUAGCGAAGUCACGCAACUUUGGGAUGGAGGCCAGAAUCCUGGGAACUUAAAAGUGAUCCAACUUUGUAACUGCAAACAUCUAACUGCACUUCCAAAUCUCUUGGGGAGUCCAAAUAUCGAGCACAUGGAUCUUUUUGGAUGUGAAAGUUUGGUUGAAAUUCCUCAGUAUUUUAAAAAUCUUGACAAACUCACUUAUCUUGAUCUUUCAAGGUGCUACUGUCUCAAGCAUCUUCCAGAGAUGCCAGGCAAUAUUGAAUUCUUAAAAUUACAAGGCAGUGGCAUAAAGGAGUUGCCGUCAUCAGUUUGGUCUCAUGAAAAAAUUUCUUCCUUGGAUAUUACAUAUUGUGAAGAACUUAAGGAACUUCCAAGUAACACUUGCAAGCUGAAAGUCCCUGGUGCUUUUAGUAUAGAGGGCUGCUGCUCUCUUGAAAAGUUUUGGGAGCUUCCCAGGGGCAUUGGUGAAUUAGAUUUUUCAAGAACAAAAAUAGAAGUAUUGCCCACGUCAUCAAUGGAGUGUCUCUUUUGUCUCACCAAACUUAAACUGAAGGAUUGCAAAAAUCUUGUGAGCCUCCCACCGAGCAUUUGUAAGUUGAAAUCUCUUGAGGAACUUGAUCUCACUAGUUGCUCUGAACUUAAAGUUGUCCCAAGUAGCAUCUACAAAUUAACAAAUAUCAAAACGCUCAGCUUUAGUUACUGUUGGAAACUCCGAAAUUUUCCUCAGCCGACUGGCUUAGUUGGUUUUCCCUCUCUUGAAGUACUAAACCUCAAAUACAGCGGUAUAUUAGAAAUCCCUGAGGGCCUCAUUUGCUCAACCACAUUACGGGAUCUUAAUCUGAGCAGAACUAAAAUUCGGAGCAUACCCUCAAGCAUUAAACAAGCUGCUCAGCUGUCUUGCCAGUGCUUAAUCAAGUGCAAGAAGCUUCGAUCUUUACCAGAGGUCCCAAUGCUCAGUCGUCUUCAAGCAAAUGGCUGCAAGUCACUGAAGACAGUGUCGAGUUCAAGGACUGCAAUUACACAAUGUUGGAAUAGAUAUGAAUUGCUUCGAGAGCAACUUAACUUUUCUAAUUGCGGAAGGUUGGGUUAUGAUGCAAGGAGCAGCAUAAUGGUUGAUGCACAGCUUAGAAUCAUGCGAGUGGCAACUGCGUCUUCAAAGUUAGAAGAGGAAGAUUACGAAAAGUACUCUGGGCCCUUAGUUACCAUUCUAUGUCCGGGAGAUGAAAUUCCAAAUUGGUUCGUACAUCAAAAUGAGGGGGCUUCAAUAAAUGUCAGGCUUCCUGCAAAUUGGUUUCGUGAAGGUUUCUUGGGUUUCGCUCUCUCUUUUGUUGCAUCCAUACUCUUUGCUCCACAUGUGCAGUUUGAAUGCAAGUACAAUUUCAAAACUGGAGAGGGGGAAAGUCAUGAAAUCAAUUGUUAUUUCAAUUUAGAAAUUAAAGAUGAAGGAAUUUGUCAUUACUCAUAUCUACAGCAUGUGUUCGUAUUGUAUAAAGACCUUGAAUAUGAAGAGAGAACAAAAUGGUCCUCUGCUUUUUACGACCGCGUCAGUUACGGUGGUUUGGACAUGUGCAAAGAAGGCCUACUGACGCUCCGAUUAGAAGAUGCGACUAUG